AUGACCAAGCUCGGCAUCGAGGCCAAGCAUCUAGAGCCAACCCGGACGGUGUUCCACGGCAUCGUGUCGGGUCUCUCCUGCUCCCCCAUCGGCCGGAUCCGGCUUGAUGUCCUGUUCGGCACAAGCGACCAUUUCCGGCACGAGCCUAUCUGGUUUGAGGUGGUGGACCUGUCCAGCGCUUACCACGCACUGCUAGGUCGACCUGCACUGGCGAAGUUCAUGGCGAUUCCCCACUACGCCUACUUGAAGAUGAAGAUUCCGGGUCCCAAGGGCCUCAUCACUAUUGUCGGCGACUAUAGAAAGUCCCUGGAGUGCGCCCAAGCCGGCGCCAAGCUGGCCGAGUCGCUGGUCAUAGCCGAGGAGCGGCGCCAGCUUGACCGGAUUGUCGCAUUGGCCAGCGAGCAGCCGGCUGUGCCGGCUUCAGCCAAGGAGUAG